AUGACAUUAUCCGAUCAAAGAUCGUUACAACGUAUGAUUGACGAGUUUAUGGAAGAUCUCACACCUCGCUCUCCAACAGGAAGUCUUCGCUCCCAAGCUCCUCCGUUUCCUGCUUCGCGGUAUGUGGAGAGAACUCAGAGUGCUGGUGGACAUAGAAGGACUCAUAGUUCACCUGGAGUGAUUCCUAUCAUCUCGAAUAAAACCGAAAGAGGAAGAACACUGAGUGGUGGGACAGCUGGGAGAGCAUUGAAUUCAGAUGGCUUACUAUCAGAUAUCAACACUUUCAAGAAAAAUAGCUUGACCGAAGAUCCCAACAAGACUGAUUCAAAGUCAACUCCCAUUUUAUCUAUUGUGGCCAAACCAGCUUUACCCAAUAUGCAACUGCCAUUCAUACUCGCACGAUCCAACCGUACUCCUGAGUUGCAAAAUGCUCUUCCUGCACUUGAACGUCCUUCCCCGUUAAUCCUUCCGCCUUCCAGAUAUGAGUCGAUCCCAACCACUCUUUUGCAAACUUCAUCUCCCAUGGCUAUGUCCACACAAGCCACUGUCACUACAUCUGCUCGGCCUCCUACUUUGCCCCUUCCUGCACAGCCGGUAGCACACACCCUACCGCAUCAAAGACCGUCUCGUAACUCUUUCAAUGACGGUUCACCCUCACCACGUCGCUUCGCAGCUGCGGUAGCUAUGAUGGAAGGGGGCGACUCGCCUACUAAGAGAAGAUCCAGAUUGGACAGUGAAGAGGUACUUAGAAGCCCGACAAAGAAAGAAAAGGGUAAACAGAGGGAUGAAGGUGAAAGACCUAUGUUGCCGGAAGGCAGAGAACAGACUCCCAGAAGAGGACUCAUCGGUCCUGGAGGUAUCGUUCCUCGAAUCAAGUCCCGAUCCUCUUUGGCAAAAAAAGUCAAGAAAUCUCAACCAUCUUUACGUGAUCAUAUCUUUAAACCCGUUAUAAUCCCAAUCCCGCCAUCCCCCCCUACCACAACAGCCAUGACCAAUGGAGUACCAAUUACACCGAUAACACCGUCUUCGACGACGUUCUUAAGACCAGCACCAGCAACACCUCUGACUGCAUCGUGGAAGACGCCCAAAUUUGCCAUGUCAUCAUCUCGUAAUCCCUCUCCUUCUUCGAGCAGACAACCUACACCUACACCGAUUUUCGCUCCUAGAAGUGGCAGAGAUGGAUUACCACCUGGACCUGGGUCUGAAUUAGUCGAGAUACCAAGAUUCAAGAAGAAGGAGUUGAAUUUGGGUAUAGUUACCAGAAGGGGUUUUGGACAGAGAAUCGCCUGGUUGAUGCUAUGGACUGCUUGGAUGAUGAAUGGUAUCCUGAGCUUGUUCUUCGAUGUGAACGUUAUCUACAUCCUUGUACAAUGCAUAGUCCACCCUUCUUUCGGAACCAACAACGCCAAAAGCUGGGAGUUUGCAACAGCUGCGUAUAUCGUGCUUUGGGCUAUCUCAACAUUGGUUGUCUGGCUUGGAUGGGAAGUAUUCUAUGAAUUCUGGAGAAGAUGGAGAUUGCCUCGACCAGCGGUAGAACCAAUCUUCUUGUCUCUUCCUGCUUGCCUCCAUUUGUCCCUCGUAUCCUUCAACCACUUUACCUUUUUGUUUCAUAUCCGGACUUCGCCACUCAGCACCCCCUAUGCUCGCGAUAUCAUCCCGGAAACUUGUCAUUUCUUUCUUCAGCUUAUCCCAGGCAUGGUUCCACUACUACCGCGAUCAGCCAUUGCAGUAGUAAUCCUGAUCAGUUUUUGGGCACCUGCAGCGGAUGUACAAGCUCCGUAUGGAGGAGCGGUAGAUGCAUCAUCCAGUCGAGACUCCAACUUUUUCCGAGCCGACUCACCUGGCGAACUUACCUUUUACGCCAAGGGUGUGCUUUUGACUUUUACCGUUUUUGUCGCCAUCAGAUUAUUGGUGAUUAUUGCUUCAGGAAUAGGAUUGUGGAUGUUUUCCGGUCGACCAUUAGGUGGAUUGAUAGGACGUCGAUUCUCUCGAAAGACUAAAUAUUCUGAUCCACCUACCACCCCCCGUAAACCGAAAUCAUCCUUUGAACCUAGAGAUCCAUCAACCACCAGUUCCCCUCAGAAGUCGUGGGUUGAUCAUGAGAACGAAUUUAAUUGGGCUUGGAGAGAACGUACUAGGUCAAGAAUCCAAGAUGCCUUUGAAUUGUGUAUGAUCAGGAAGAAUGAUAACAGAUUAGGAUCGUUCUUGUAUCAAUCUGAAGUACCGUGGGGAAGAAUGAUUGAACAACCAACGUUGAAUGAUCCUCAAUUCCCAAUAGAAAUGAACAGACCUGGUCCUUCCAAAAGAAGUAAGCCAUCUAUUUCGACAACAGAUUUCUUCGACGGUUUCGUAGAUGGUAAAGACCCUUCGAGAUCGAACGAGAAUCAGUCACCAAACCCUGAGCUUGCAAGACCGGAAUCAACACUUGAUCCAACAAGAACAAAUUCUCAAUUGUACCAUUCACCUUCAAAAGCUAAUACAGCAGCUUCAAGUUCCGCCACAGACUUGUUCUAUACUCCAUUCGAGGGGAAUACACCACAAACCGAGAAAACAAGAUCUGUAGCUGAGAAUAUACAUAGACUACCACCUCUGCCAUCACCUUUAUCCCUUCAACAUCAACAGAAGCCAGAACACUCAUUUCCGCUACAACUUCCACCGCCAAGCUCGUACAGAUCUGCUGCUAAUGGAGGUGAUUUGACUGAAUUUGGAAUAAAAGAACAAGGUCGUAUUUCACCUGAAUCAGUGGAUGACGAAUCAGUAGGAUUGCUUUCAGCUUCGAAUCCAUCAUCAACAACUGUCUCACCUAAAAGUUCGACAAUCUCAAAUGCAACAAGAGACAGAAGUCACUCUGCUGUUUCUCAGGAUCAUACCUAUACACCAAGCGGGGACUCGAGUUCGAAUUCGCGAUCUUCAUCCAAGUCAAGAAGAAGAGCAUAUACUACAUCUUCACCAUCUAGGGUAGAUCAGCUUCAAAGAGCCAGAUCCAGUAGUGUAACUCUGCUUAAAGAGAGCGUAGCCAAUGCAGCUGCUGUUUCUGGACAAUUAGUUAGAAGAGCCAGAAGUGGUACGGUUCUGAGUAGUGAUACCGGUCAUUAUUCGAAGGUUCGGGAUAAGGAAGAAAUGGAUGAUGAUCGUGAGAUAAUGAACCAUGGGCCCGCCACUCCUAGAUCCAGAAGAGGAACAGGCUUAGGACUUGGAUUACCCUUUUCUAUGCCUGAAAAAUCAGAGUGA